AUGUCAUCCCCAGUCUUGAGGAGACUACCCCCCUGUCAUCCCCAGUGUUGGAGACUACUGCCCCCUGCCAUCCCCAGUCUUGGAGACUACUCCCUCCUGUCAUCCCCAGUCAUCCCCAGUCUUGGAGACUACUGCACCCCCUCCCGUCAUCCCCAGUGUUGGAGACUACUGCCCGCCCCCCGGUCAUCCCCAGUGUUGGAGACUACUGCCCCCGUCAUCCCCAGUGUUGGAGAUUACUGCCCCCUGUCAUCCCCGGUGUUGAGACCACUCUUCCCCUGUCAUCCCCAGUGUUGGAGACUACUGCCCUCCACCGCUGUCAUCCCCAGUGUUGGAGACUACUGGCCCUCCACCCUUGUCAUUCCCAGUGUUGGAGACUACUCCCCUGUCAUCCCCAGUGUUGGAGACUACUGGCCCCCCCGCCCUCCUGUCAUCCCCAGUGUUGAGACACUGCCCCCCUGUCAUCCCCAGUGUUGGAGACUACCCCCACUGUCAUCCCCGGUGUUGGAGACCCUCCCUCCCGGUCAUCCCCAGUGUUGGAGUGUCAGUGUUGAGAACUGCCCCUGUCAUCCCCAGUGUUGGAGAUUACUGCCCCCCUGUCAUCCCCAGUGUUGGAGACUACUGCCCCCUGUCAUCCCCAGUGUUGGAGAUUACUGCCCCCUGUCAUCCCCGGUGUUGGAGACCCCCCCCAGUCAUCCCGUGUUGGAGACUACUGCCCCCCUCGGUCAUCCCCAAUGUUGGAGACUACUGCCCCCUGUCAUCCCCAGUGUUGGAGACUAA